GUCCAGAGAGAGAGAGAGACCAAACAGGACUGCGUGUCCUUUUUGCAACUCAACACAAAACAGUGACGAAGCAGGAAGGAAGGACCUCUUUGAGCUGGGAGCCCAUCAGCCCCUGCCGUGGGCACCAUGGACCUUAUCAAUGCCUUGGCCCCCUCGUCUUUGUUGAAGUCGGUCUCCAAUGCGGGCUCGGAAAUCUCCCGCCGGGUCUGGACGCCGAGCCCUCCGCCCCAACGGCCGUUCCGCGUGUGCGAUCACAAGCGCCACACCCGCAAAGGACUGAUGGCGAGCACUUUGGAAGACUUACUUAACAAGGCCAGGGAGACCCUCUUGAUCUCCGGCAUGGUCUUCCUGGUGCUGGAAGAAGACGGGACCCUGGUGGAGACGGAGAGUUUUUUCCAAAUCCUGGAAGACAACACGGCCUUGAUGGUGUUGGAGAAAGGACAGAAGUGGACUCAUGGCAGGAGCAUCAGCCGGUCGUUCGGCCUGAGCGGAGACAAGCCACGAAACAGCAAGGAUAUCGCCCGCAUCACCUUCGACGUUUACAAGCUGAAUCCCCGGGACCUUUUCGGCAGCCUAAACAUCUCGGCCACCUUCUAUGGGCUCUACUCGAUGAGUUGCGACUUCAAGUGCCUGGGACCCAAGAAAGUUUUGCGGGAGAUCCUGCGCGUCGCUUCCGCCGUCAUGCAAGGUAUCGGGCACGUCCUUUUGGGGGCGUCCAACUACAUCCGCCGACUCCUGGACGCGGGGGACAACUGGCAACCCCAAGUCAAGAUAACCAACUAUCAAUAUUGAGGCCUCCUUCCCUGCAAAAGGCCCGAGAACCUCCCAGCUUCGAACUGAUCUGGAGGGAAUCCACUUGAUUUGGGAGUCAGAUUUAACCGAUAUUUAAACCAAGGAUAGACAUUCCUAUCUGUAGUUUUCUGUCCAGUAUUCAUAGGUUGAUCCAGGCUGGAGCAGAAUACAAGCGCUUCAGAAUCUCCUCAGAAAAUGUGCUUUUUGUCGGAUUGCAAAACCCAUCAUCCCUGGCUGUACGGUCUCGAUAAACCGCCUUUGCGAGGGAACCAGGCUUAACAAAGCCGGCCUACUGGCCCGUAUCCAGCAGCGGGAGGCGCUAAUCAGCACGUUGAAGACCCAAUCUUUGGCUUGCAAAGGUUGGGCCGUAGAGCCUCCAGCUCAGCUACCCGUCUACCUGCAUUUAACUGGCAAAGCAGGAAGUAGAGAUAGUCCCUCGACUUACGACCAUUCGCUUAGUGACUAGUUAAUACUUCGACAAGUAGUUCAAUGAACAAGUUGAAACUCACAACGGUUCAUUUCGUGUCCGGUUACAACAGCACUGGAAAAAAUUCUGACUUAUGACGGGUCUUGCAUUUAUGACUGCGGCAUUCAAAAUCAAAAUCGCUUGGCAACCGGCACUUACAGGUAGUCCUCUAUUUACGACCCCAGUUUUAGUCCAACAUUUGGACUAAACAAAUUUGUUAAGCGAGUUUUGACUCAUUUCCCCGCUUUUGCAUCACCGCAGUGGUUAAAUUGGUAACCUGGUCGUUAAGUGAAUUGGGUUUUCCCCGUCAACUUUGCUGGUCAGAAGGUCGCAAAAGGGGAUCAGUGUCACGUGACUGCAGGACACUGUAACCGUCAUAAAUAGGAGUCAGCUGUAAAUUAUACGACCAUGCGAAUGCUGCAAUGGCGUAAGUGUGAAAAAUGUCAUUUUUUUAGUGCCAUUGUAACGUCGGAUGGUCACUAAGUGAAUUGUCGCAAGUCGGGGAGUAUGUGUAUUUAUGAUGGGUGCCAUGUUCUGGGAAUCACACAGCUGCAACCUUCCAACAAUGGGGAAACUGGAUUCGCUUAAUGACCGCAUGCUUCAUUUAAAGGCAGCAAUUCCCUUAACCACAAGGGCCAAAAAUUAAAAAGUGGUAAAAUCA